AUGACAUCCCGAGGUGAAUUUAACAAGAACAAUUCAACUGUAAGAUUUUCUCAAUAUUCUUCAUCAAAUAGUGAUCAAGAAAGAGUAACGGUGCUUAAUUCUGCAUUAGCCAAUGAUCAAAUGAAGAUUACAGUUAGACAUGAUGAUAACAUUGUUAACCACCACCCUCCUCCACUACCGCCCAUCUCCGCCCACCCUCCUCCUCCACCACCGCCUAUCAUCGCCCACCCUCCUCCACCACCACCGCCUAUCAUCGCCCACCCUCCUCCACCACCUGUUUAUAUCAACUUGUCCAGUGGGUUACCUUCCGGUAGAAGAAGCCAUUGCUUAUAUGCCAAAAGCACCAUCUUUUUCACCUGUCCUUCAAAAUUUAACUUUCCAUCAUGUUGA